UUACGGGGCGGGGACGCGCUGUCGCGCUGGUUGCUCGAGCCUGAGUCGGACCCGGAACAGACCGGUGCGGGAGAGAAGCGACCCGGGCCCUCGAUUUGCGGCUCGGGACUGGAGGAGAUACCCUACCAGUGAACUGAGACUACACUGAGCUAAGGGCACUAUGGCCACAUCAGCCCCUCUGCGGAGCCUGGAGGAGGAGGUAACCUGCUCUAUCUGCCUCGAUUACUUGCGGGACCCUGUGACCAUUGACUGUGGCCACGUCUUCUGCCGCAGCUGUACCACAGAUGUCCGGCCCAUCUCUGGUGGACGUCCUGUCUGCCCGCUAUGUAAGAAGCCUUUUAAGAAGGAAAACAUCCGACCUGUGUGGCAAUUGGCUAGCCUGGUGGAGAACAUUGAGCGGCUGAAAGUGGAUAAGGGCAGGCAGCCUGGAGAAGUGGCCCGGGAACAGCAGGACACAAAGUUAUGUGAGCGGCAUCAGGAAAAGCUGCACUACUAUUGUGAGGACGAUGGGAAGCUGCUAUGUGUGAUGUGCAGGGAAUCACGGGAGCACCGGCCACACACAGCUGUCCUGGUGGAGAAGGCCGCCCAGCCCCACAGGGAAAAAAUUCUGAACCACUUGAGUACCCUCAGGAGAGACAGAGACAAGAUUCAGGGCUUUCAGGAGAAGGGAGAAGCUGAUAUUCUGGCUGCAUUGAAGAAACUGCAGGAGCAGAGGCAGUACAUUGUUGCAGAGUUCAAGCAGGGCCACCAGUUCCUGAAGAAGCGGGAGCAGCAUCUGUUGGACCAGCUGGCCACCCUAGAGCAGUUGCUCACAGAGGGUAGGGAGAAGUUCAAGACCCGGGGCGUAGGGGAGCUUGCCCGACUGGCUCUGGUCAUAUCUGAGCUGGAGGGCAAGGCACGGCAGCCAGCUGCAGAACUCAUGCAGGAUACCAGAGACUUUGUGAAUAGGUAUCCACGGAAGAAAUUCUGGAUUGGGAAACCCAUCACUCACAUGGUUAAAAGAAAGACUGGAGAAUUCUCAGAUAAACUUCUCUCUUUGCAGCGAGGCCUGAGGCAAUUCCAAGGAAAGCUGCUGAGAGACUUGGAAUAUAAGACUGUAAGUGUCACCCUGGACCCACAAUCAGCCAGUGGGUACCUGCAGCCAUCAGAGGACUGGAAGAGUGUGACCUACACCAGCCUGUACCAGAGUGUCUACCAGCACCCCCAGCAGUUUGACUGUGAGCCAGGAGUGCUAGGCAGUAAGGGUUUCACCUGGGGCAAGGUGUACUGGGAAGUGGAGAUAGAGAGGGAGGGCUGGUCAGAGGAUGAAGAGGAGGGGGACGAGGAGGAAGAGGGGGAAGAGGAAGAGGAGGAAGAAGAAGCUGGCUAUGGGGAUGGAUAUGAUUGGGAGACAGAUGAAGAUGAAGAAUCACUAGGGGAUGAAGAAGAGGAGGAGGAGGAAGAAGAGGAGGAAGUUCUGGAAAGCUGCAUGGUGGGGGUGGCCAGAGACUCUGUGAAGAGGAAGGGAGACCUCUCUCUGCGGCCAGAGGAUGGGGUGUGGGCGCUGCGCCUCUCUUCCUCAAGCAUCUGGGCCAACACCAGCCCUGAGACCGAGCUCUUCCCAGCACUGCGGCCCCGGAGAGUGGGCAUCGCCCUGGAUUAUGAAGGGGGCACCGUGACUUUCACCAAUGCAGAGUCACAGGAACUCAUUUAUACCUUCUCUGCCACUUUCACUGGGCGCCUCGUCCCCUUCUUAUGGCUCAAGUGGCCAGGAACACGCCUCUUGCUGAGACCCUGAGCCUAACACCUGUUCUCAGCCCCACACCCGUGGAUGUGUCACUUCUCUGAGAUCCCAGGACUCUGAUAGGGGAGGUGCCUGGCCAGAGCACCUGGAGCAGGGCAGAGGAGGAACCCCAUGGCCACUGCCACGCACCUCCCCAUCACGGUGGCCCUCAAGACUUCACUCAGUGCUGUCACUCUGUCUGUAAUGCCCUCAUCAGGCUCUUCUGCCUCUUGCUGGUUUCCUGUGGGACCUUCUGACCCUGAAGUACUUGAGGGCUCCCUUUCUCCUUUUUAACUACCCUAUGCUCUUAUCUUUGUGCUCUCUUUGUUGAAUAAGGGGCCAAGGAAGGAUUUUCUGGUCCAAUAUGGCAUCCUGCGCCAGCUAGUCUUGGGAGGGACCAUCAUUUACACCUGAGACCCAUUUUGUUGCCCUCAAACCCCUUAGGUUUCCCUUGCCAAAAUUCACUCAGCUGUCCACCUUCCCUGGCAUUUUAAACAAACCUGCUCCCACCUCAGCUCAUAUUUAAACAUACAUGAAAAUGCUAGAAAUAAACUGAAAAAACACAGAGACUUCCCAGGCCAUUUAGGUUGGCUGCCUGGAAUGCUGGUAGGAAUUAUGUUCUCACAGAAGGUUCAGGACAAAGUCCUUUAAAAUCAAGCUGGGUGUAUGAGGUUUCCAUAGCUAAUAGGUGGGACUCCCAGAGCCUUGGGGGAAGGCUUUGGGAUAACAACUGUGAUAACAAGAAAUCAACUGUGUGGAUUGGUCCUUGUGAGGGGACUUUGGGGUAACAUCUGUGAUAACAAGAAAUCAACUGUGUGGAUUGGUCCUUAUAAGGGGAAUUUUUUUUAAAAGAUCUAGAACAUCUUGUUCUUGAUUCCUAUAUCUAAGAACACCAGAGCAGAUGCCCAAGACAGCAAAUCCUCCCCUGCUAAGGGGACUCUCAUCAUUUUUUCCAGGGGUGUUAGGCUUCUGUCAUUGGCCACUCAAGAGUUCAAGCUCAAUUCUCUGGAGUGGAGGGGAAGACAAAAGCUGUGAGGAAAGGGAAGGAAAAUAGGAGUCCACAUCAAGCCUUUUAGAUCCUCGUGUCAGGGAAGAGAUCAAGGUAUCUCCUCGCUGCCUGUGGAUCCAACCCUUGGUCCAAAUGCCCCUAGUUCCCACAGUUUAACACAAGCUCACUGCUCUAGCCAAAGUGUUGUCCCAGUUUUUGUCCUUACCAAUUUAAGUGUUCCACCAGUCCCCUGCUUACCCAAGCAUUGAUUCCUCCCCUCUGGAGGAUUGAUUGCUCCCUUCCACUCUGGUUCUCAGUGGUCUCUUAGCCACCAUAUUGUCCCAGAGUGGCCUACUUUGUAUGUAUCACAUGCUGCCUGAGUCACAUGUACAUCUUAUUUCUGUAUCUAGUUUGUAAGCUCCUGAAGGGUGGAUAUCAUCCCUUAAUACUUCUCUUAUAGUCUCCAUGGCACCUAGUGCCGUGCUGGGCACAGAGUAGGUGCUCAAUAAAGACUUGUUGAAUGAACAACCUGGAGAUAAUGUAUAUAUUUAUUAUGACAUAGAGGUCACCAUACUUAUUUUGGCUUCAAAGAGCUUCUAUUGAUACUAAUAUCCCAGAGUUUUCCUUUGUUUCUAGAACUCUUGACUGCUUUCUAUCUUCUCUGCACACAUACUAUCCUUUCUGCAAAUCCCCAAAGAAGAGCCUUCCAUAGACACAGAUGGUUUCACCUUGUUCUUCCUCUCCUGUAGUUCCUUCCUUGAGCUAGGUCUAGCAGUAAGUGAUCCACCUUGAGAAGGGUGGUAGCAGCUGGUAUACCCAUAUUCUUGGGAAAUUGAUGCCCCCAAGAAAAUGCCAUCUAUAGCCAGUCUUGGCUGCAUUCAGUAUUUAGCCACUUCUAAAUUUUUGAAAUUGCCAUUUUAAAGACAGAAACAGAUUCUACAAAACUACCUCUGAGAUGACACUAAUAGCAAAGAGCAUAUUUCCUCCCUGUACUCCCAUUUGGGGACUCAAAUUUUCCAUUUUUAUUUUUUAAUGUGCAUAGUUUAGUAUUUUAUGAACUAUGCCUACAUAAAUGAUCAACUUUCUGUAGUGCUUCCAAAAAGAGCAAUCCCCUACUUCAUUCCUCUCUCAAUAAACCUGGUUCAUCUUUUUAAGCAGA